AGGAGGAGGCUGGGCGUUAGAGGGAGGCUGUGGCUUAUCUCCUGCCGCUGGGCAGGACGGCUGUUGUAAUGAGGAAGCUGCCGCUUUAGUUUCCUCUUGUGAGGGCUGUGAAGAGGGCCAGGACACUGCAUUCAGGAUGCCACAGCCAUUUUGCCUUGGAUAACUGGCAUUACCUGGGGACUUCAGGGCUCUUGGAAAUUUUCCACUCGUAUUUCAUAUUCACGAAAGAAUUUCCAGCCCAGGCUUUUCCUGCUCUGGCUCACUGCUGCUCACAUAUAUGCAAAACAGAGACCUCCCACUCCAGCCAGCAGACAGGACCCAGCCAGCUGCAUGCACGCACUGACUCAGCUGAGCCUCCUGGGCGGCAGGCAGCACCUGGCCCGGGUGCAUCACUUGAGUGGCAUCUUCAGGACCAGUCAUGGAGCCAGGCUCAGCCGAGAUGCCGCGGCAGUUUCCCAAGCUGAACAUCUCUGAAGUGGAUGAGCAAGUCCGGCUCCUGGCGGAGAAGGUGUUUGCUAAAGUGCUUCGAGAAGAGGACAGCAAAGAUGCCCUGUCCCUGUUCACUGUCCCAGAGGACUGCCCCAUCGGGCAAAAGGAAGCCAAGGAGAGGGAGCUGCAGAAGGAAUUGGCAGAGCAGAAGUCUGUGGAGACCGCAAAAAGAAAGAAAAGUUUCAAGAUGAUUCGGUCCCAGUCCCUGUCUCUGCAAAUGCCGACACAGCAAGAUUGGAAAGGCCCCCCGGCAGCCAGUCCGGCCAUGUCUCCCACAACCCCUGUGGUCACUGGAGCCACUUCCCUGCCCACACCAGCACCCUAUGCCAUGCCUGAGUUCCAGCGGGUCACCAUCAGCGGAGAUUACUGUGCCGGGAUCACUUUGGAGGACUAUGAGCAGGCAGCCAAGAGCCUGGCUAAGGCCCUAAUGAUCCGGGAGAAGUAUGCGCGGCUCGCCUACCACCGCUUCCCGCGGAUCACAUCCCAGUACCUGGGUCAUCCGCGGGCGGAUACUGCACCUCCGGAAGAGGGCCUUCCAGAUUUCCACCCUCCUCCACUGCCCCAGGAAGACCCCUACUGCCUGGAUGAUGCACCCCCCAACCUGGAUUACUUGGUCCACAUGCAGGGGGGCAUCCUCUUCGUGUAUGAUAACAAGAAGAUGCUGGAGCGCCAGGAGCCGCACAGCCUACCCUACCCCGACCUGGAGACCUACACGGUGGACAUGAGCCACAUCCUGGCUCUCAUCACCGAUGGCCCCACGAAAACCUAUUGUCACCGACGACUGAACUUUCUGGAAUCCAAGUUCAGCCUUCAUGAGAUGUUAAACGAAAUGUCCGAGUUCAAAGAGUUGAAGAGUAACCCCCACCGGGACUUCUAUAACGUGAGAAAGGUGGACACGCACAUCCAUGCGGCUGCCUGCAUGAACCAAAAGCAUCUGCUGCGCUUCAUCAAGCACACAUACCAGACGGAGCCUGACAGGACUGUGGCGGAGAAGCGGGGCCGGAAGAUCACCCUGCGGCAGGUGUUUGACAGCCUGCACAUGGACCCCUACGACCUCACUGUGGACUCACUGGAUGUCCAUGCGGGCCGACAGACAUUCCACCGCUUUGACAAGUUCAACUCCAAAUACAACCCUGUGGGGGCCAGUGAGCUGCGUGACCUGUAUUUGAAAACUGAAAACUAUCUGGGAGGAGAGUACUUUGCUCGGAUGGUCAAGGAGGUUGCCCGGGAGCUGGAGGAGAGCAAGUACCAGUAUUCAGAGCCACGGCUCUCCAUCUACGGCCGCAGUCCUGAGGAGUGGCCCAACCUGGCCCGCUGGUUUAUCCAGCACAAGGUCUACUCUCCCAACAUGCGCUGGAUCAUCCAGGUGCCCCGGAUCUAUGACAUAUUUAGGUCAAAGAAGCUGCUGCCAAACUUUGGGAAGAUGCUGGAGAACAUCUUCCUGCCCCUUUUCAAGGCCACUAUCAACCCCCAAGAUCAUCGAGAGCUUCACCUCUUCCUUAAAUAUGUGACGGGGUUUGACAGCGUGGAUGAUGAGUCCAAGCACAGCGACCACAUGUUUUCCGACAAGAGCCCGAACCCAGACGUCUGGACCAGUGAGCAGAACCCACCCUACAGCUACUACCUGUACUACAUGUAUGCCAACAUCAUGGUGCUCAACAACCUCCGCAGGGAGCGUGGCCUGAGCACGUUCCUGUUCCGGCCGCACUGUGGGGAGGCCGGCUCCAUCACCCACCUGGUGUCUGCCUUCCUCACUGCUGACAACAUUUCCCACGGGCUGCUCCUCAAGAAGAGUCCGGUAUUGCAGUAUCUUUACUACCUUGCUCAGAUCCCCAUUGCCAUGUCUCCUCUUAGCAACAACAGUUUGUUUCUCGAAUAUUCCAAGAACCCUCUGAGGGAAUUCCUGCACAAGGGACUGCAUGUUUCUCUUUCCACCGAUGACCCCAUGCAGUUCCACUACACGAAGGAAGCUCUUAUGGAAGAAUAUGCCAUUGCAGCUCAAGUGUGGAAGCUGAGCACCUGCGACCUGUGUGAGAUCGCCAGGAACAGCGUGCUGCAGAGCGGCCUCUCGCAUCAGGAAAAGCAAAAGUUUCUGGGACAAAAUUAUUACAAAGAAGGACCUGAAGGAAACGAUAUUCGAAAGACAAAUGUGGCUCAGAUCCGGAUGGCAUUCCGAUAUGAGACCUUAUGCAAUGAGCUCAGCUUCCUGUCUGAUGCUAUGAAAUCAGAAGAGAUCACCGCCUUGAUCAAAUAGGUCCAGCAUUUGACAUGCAUUUUAACUUUUUGGUUCAAUUUCAAGUCUGCUGUGGCUAAAUAGUGGUCAAGAUUCCAAACCAGGACUUUCCUCUGUGAAGAGGAUGCCUCUGAAGAAAUUUUAAACUGGUGAUUUUGGUUGGUUUAAUUUUCCAAGUAUUUCUCUUGAAACUGCCAGUGCCUGAACUGUUGGGGCCAGGAUUUUCCCUGGUCAGAUGCCAAGUAACAUGGGGUUUUCUGCUAUACUUUUCUCCAUUGGCCCAGGUAGGCUAAUUGGUAGUUUUUCAUUUCAGCCUCUGGAUGGCUGGCUGCCUUAAACACAAUCAAUUUCAAAGUUCCAUUUCAUAAAGGGGCUACUUUGAAGGAGUUAAGAUGGAAGACUUCCUUCUUGACAAUUUGUGUUUUUAAUGAAUUUCUUAAACUGUUUUAUUUAGCCCUUCUCCCCCCUUUCUAGUUGGAAGCCAAAUGUACUCAUGAAAACAGCCACUCCUAUUCUGAGUCUUGGUUUCUUCACCUAGAAAGUGAGGCUUUGGACUAGAUGAGUGGCUUUCAGGGUGUUCUGUGAAUCUCUUCAUGAAUACUUUAGGGUGGGGGAGGGAAGGGAGUGAGUGAUGCUCAGGGGCUGUCAAAGUGACUCUGCGUUCAUCAGUUUUACACUGGGGCUGCUACAUAAUAUUUUCAUUUGAAUGAAGAACUUCAAAAAGCACAGGACUAGAUGAUCUCUGUUCCUUUUGGCUCUAAUAUGCUACAACUGUAGGCCAACUAUCACUUUACCAAUUAAGAGGCCAGAUAAGUGAAAUUUAACUUAAGGUCACACAGCUAAUAAGUAAUAGGCCUACAACUGGAUUUCCUUAUUCCAAAUCUUGUCUUUUCCCCACUAUUCCAUUAGACCCCACAAAUGUUAGGUGUGUGUGUGUGUGUGUGUGUGUUUUAAUCACUGUAACUGGGCGCAUUUUUUUAAGGCAAAAUUUCUCCCUUAUCUACUAUGAUGACUUCAGAAGAUACAAUGGUCCCAGGGGCCAGGUAGAAAGCAUUUUUAAAGACCAAUCUGAAUUAAGCUUUAUCAGUGUACUCUUUAUCUGUGUUACUAGUGCCUGGUAUGUAGUAGGUGCUCAAUAAAUGAAUAUUGAAUAACUAAGUGAAUUUCUUUAGGCAACUUUUUAAGGACAUGUGCUCUUAGUACUUAAGAGGCUGCUCAAGGAACUUCUUAUCUAUUUCUGUGGUCAAAUUCAGACUACAGGAGGUCUUUUUGAACCAUCAUAGUUAGAAGAAUUCGAUUUCUGCCUGUGAACUUAUUUGACUUUAGAUUGUCUCAUCUUGUGACUUUAUAAUGCCUGUCCCCUCCACUGGUCAAUUCAGCAUAUGGAACUACAAAUGCAGUCUUUUUACUAGGCAGAUAUAUACGCUAUCUUACAGCUAAUUAAGAAAUUGAAUGAAAAUCCGUUGUUAUCUUGGGGAUUAGUUUUGAAAAGCCCCCAUUUAUAUAGAUUUGCCCUAACAUAGGAAGUAUUGUGUAGUUUCUCAUUGUCAUUUUAUCUGUAUCAAGUAUCUUUUUUUAAAUUGUUAAAUAAAGUCAGCUAGGACUGUGGCUCAAUAAUUUAAAACUAUUUAAAGAUAAUCAUAUUUAAAGCAAAUGUUAAAGUUUUUUUACUGUUAAGAUUGGGCACCAUGAAAAGCUAUCAGUAAUAAUAGCUAAUUUAUCUUUUACUAAGACUCAGACAUGAAUGACAUUCACUAGGAAAACUCAAAAUUUUCAAACUGAAGCUCACUAGACCCAGAAGAUAAAUCUUUUGUUAUUUUCUCUAACUUCUACCGUUAUAGUUCAUGAGCAAAGCUAUACAUGUUCAUUUCCUUUUCCCCGGAUAUUAUUUUAGUCUGUCCAGCUAACACCUUAUUGGGUUUUACCUGUCCUGCAAGCUUUUCUGACAUCUUUUCUAUAGCACUUUGUGCUUUUAUUUACAUUGUUAUACUUAAUUGGCCUUUUGGGGGACAAAUCCCUACUUUCCUUUGUGUUUGCAAUAGGAAUAAAAGGCAAUUACUUGUAUACUGGCUUAGGUUUCUAAAGCAACAGUUUUUGAGGCAGUUAUCCCUUCUUUAUCCUUAAGGGCUCAAGUUCACUUUAUGUGUUACUUCAAAUUGUACCGCUGAAACGAUCGAUAUCAUUGCUCUUUGCCUCGUGAAAAAUCACAGCUCUUGGGUUAUUUUUCAUGGCCUCUUGGAUUAAAAGAGCUGAAAGCA